UCAGACCCUUUUUUUCUAGAGCUUUCUUGCUCUCACAGUAGCCGCAGCCGCAGCCGCACCAGUGAAGCAUACUCGUUUGUUUUCUUUACAGAGGCGUCUCUAUACCUCAAUUGCCUUCACUUCUUUGCGUGAAUAGUUCUCAGGACGCUCUGGGUUCCCUAAGUGGGUUUGAGGGAAGUUGAACCGUGAGGUCGGUCGUAUCUCGAAGUUCGCAGAGAUGGGCAAGUCAAUCAGGUCGAAGAGGUUGAAGCGGCUGAGGACGCUCAAACGGGAACUCGUGACGCCUCACUAUGAUGAGAAAGAUGCUGCCAAGCAAGCGAUCAUGGAAGCUGCCUUGGCGGCGCCGAAGCUUGAGCUUCCGAAGAAGCGGUCUCGUGAAGAAACCAUGGAAGUUGAGGAACCAACUCGAGGAAGGGAAGGGCAGUCCUCUACCUCUAUGGCCGUGGACGAGGCCGGUCCCAGCAAUGGCGGCAACGAUUCGAAGAGAUUGAAGGUUCGAGGUGGCAUCAAGAAGAGAGGAAAGAGUCAAGGGCGCUUGAAAAAGGAAAGACAUCACAAGAAGAAAUUGCAAUUUUAGAGUGGCUCACAGGAAUCUUAGGUUUGCUGUUUAGGGUUCUGGCGGGUUGUGUCGGCAACAAAGGGCUAUAAGAACUGUUUUCCCAGCCUCCACGAAAUUUAGGGGUCCUGGACCUGAGGGGUGAAGUGUCGACAGUCUUGCUGUGAUGGAUAUCUUUCCCUCAAUUUCUCUCGAUUAGACUUCAUCCUGAUAUGCAACUGAAGAUUAGGUGUUGGUGUAGGAGCAUAAUCACGCAUUUUGUGCACUUGUGCUGGUUCUGCUCAUACAUGAAUUGACGAUCGUCCUUGUUUAAAUCCUGAGGUUUAUCUUCAUCGGAUUCAAUACAGAGACUCUGAUGUACAAUUUCUGUUUGGGAGCUCCAUCUUGUGACGCCGCACUUUAAAAAAGAAAGCACACGAACUAGUCUUGUCUCUUUCA